AUGUCGGAAUACAUCAUAAACGGUCUUGAGUACGAUCCCGCACACGGCUCGUUUAUGGAGCAUGCAUCGUCGUUCUGGGUGCAAUUGGCCUCGGGCUUUGCCAAUUCGCGUAUUUCAGCCGAAUCUAUUAAUCAGACCUCGUCUUUUUGCGGGUGUUUGGACGGCGAAGGAUUUAGUCCCGUUUCUGCUCUUCAGGACCCAACACCGUGUUUUGUGAACGGUGUCUUGGGAACCACAUUGUCCGCCUUCUUGUUGAUCGGAGGUCUUCAUGAUAUCACUAGACUCCGGAAUAAAAAAAAUAUCAGCUCCAAGGCCGAGUGGUGGUUUAUCCUCAAACUGGUCCUCGUGGCAGUCCAGGUGGUAUUCCAAUUACUUCUGACUGUUCUUAUUUGGAACUCUUCCCUCGCUCCGAAAUCUGACGUGAUUGUCUGGUCUUCCGUUUUGCAACUUUUCGCCCUUACAGUUGCCUUUGGACUCUCCUACAUCGAGAACUACAAGUCCUACAUUUCCAGCGCCUAUCUUAUCACUUACUACAUCUUCGACUUGGUGGUCGGCUCGCUGAAGGUCACCAACGUGUUCCUAAGAGACUCAAAGUCCCUUCAAGCUCCUUUGGUCACUUUAGCUCUCUUCAACAGUCUUUUCUUGCUUCUUUUAGAAAUCAACUUUUCACCAAAAGAAAAGAAAGAUCCAAAUAAGAACGAUAACUUGUACGAUGGAUCCAACAUCUUUGCCAAAGUUACCUUCACCUGGUUGACUCCAUUGAUGCAAAAAGGUUCCAAGAAGUUCCUUACCCAAAGAGAUCUCCCGCAAUUGCCAUCUUUCUUGAGAAGCAACCAUCUUGCUGGGGUUUUGGACGACAAAUGGGACAAACAGCUGCACAGAAAAAGCCCAAGUCUUACAUGGGCAAUUGCAAGCUCUUUUGGAGGCCCAUUUUUCAUUUCGUGUCUAUUUAAAAUUGUGCAAGACAUUUGUGCUUUCAUUCAACCACAACUGCUGAAACAACUCAUCAGAUUUGUCAAUCUGUACCAGGAGGACACGACUACGCCUCUCACAAGAGGUUUUAUGCUUGUUGCUAUGAUGUUCCUGGUUUCUGUUGUCCAAACAGCUUCAUUGCACCAGUACUUUACUAGAGUGUUUGAUACCGGUAUCAAGGUCAGAUCAUCGCUCACUUCUUUGAUCUACAAGAAAUCGCUUGUCUUAUCGGUGGAAGCCAAACAGAAGAAAUCCACCGGUGACAUUGUUAACUUGAUGUCCGUCGAUACCCAAAGAUUGCAGGACUUGUGCCAGAGCUUAAACAUCAUCUGGUCCGGUCCAUUGCAGAUCAUCUUGUGUUUGGUUUCCUUGUACAAUCUGCUUGGUAACGCCAUGUGGCUGGGUGUUUUCUUCCUCGCUGUUUCUGUUCCGUUGAACACUUGGGUGUUCCGUCAACAGAAGAAACUCCAGAAGACCCAGAUGAAAGUCAAAGAUGCCAGAACAGGUCUUAUUUCCGAGAUCCUCAACAACAUCAAGUCGUUGAAACUCUACGCUUGGGAAAACCCCUACAGAGAGAAGCUCAUGGACGUGAGAAACAACAAGGAGCUCGAGAACUUGAAGAAGAUCGGUGUGUUCCAGGCAUGCAGUAACUUCAUCUUCAACAGUACUCCUUUCUUUGUGAGUUCCUCUACUUUUGCCUUGUUCAUCAUCUCUUACAAAGGAGUGCCAUUGAGCACAGACAUCGUGUUCACGGCUCUGUCCUUGUUCAACUUGCUUGGCUUCCCUCUGGCUGUCUUGCCAUGGACUAUUGGAAACAUUAUCGAGGCCCAGGUUGCAAUCACUAGAAUUACCGACUUCUUGAAGAGCGACGAGCUGGACGACUUCACCAUCGAUAGACGCCCAGCAGUCACCGAGAUCGGCCAGGAGGUCGUCAAGAUCGACAACGCAGACUUCCUUUGGUCCAAAGAACCAUACAAGCUGGCUCUGUCGAACAUCACCUACUCUGCCAAGAAAGGUGACCUCAACUGUAUUCUUGGCCGUGUUGGUGCCGGAAAGUCUGCCAUCCUGCAGUCGUUACUUGGAGAUUUGCACAAACCAACUGGUUCUGUCACUGUGCACGGAUCUGUGGCAUAUGUUCCUCAGGUUGCCUGGAUUAUGAACGGAACCAUCAAGGAAAACAUUCUGUUUGGUUGCAAGUUUGAUGCCGAGUUUUACGACAAGACCAUCAAGGCAUGUGCUUUGACCCAUGACCUGAACGUUCUUCCAGACGGAGACUCCACCCAGGUCGGAGAAAAGGGUAUCAGUUUGUCUGGUGGCCAGAAAGCUCGUUUGUCUCUUGCCAGAGCCGUUUAUGCCCGUGCUGACUUGUACUUGCUGGACGAUAUUUUGAGUGCUGUUGACGAGCACGUUGGAAAACACCUGAUCAACAACGUUCUUGGUCCAGAAGGUCUUUUGAGCACCAAGUGCCGUAUUCUUGCUACCAACAAUCUAAACGUGCUGAAGUCGUCGGACUCGAUCGUGCUGGUUCAAGAAGGAAGGAUUGUCGAGAGUGGCCAUUUUGACGAUAUUGUUGCUUCGCAGAACUCUGAGCUAUACACCGUGAUCAACGACGCCGGUCAGAAGAAGAAAGAAGAAGACAUUACCGAGACUGUUGUCGAUAAAGAGGCCACCGACGACUCGAGAUCCGAGUCCAGCGAACUGGAUGAAGAAAUCAAGAAGUUGGCCAACAAGGAGCUGGAAAAAGCCGUUUUGGAAGACUUUAGAACCGCUGUUGAAACUAAAGACGAGAUUGUUACCGGAAGAGAAGAGAAACACGAACAAGGUAAGGUCAAGUCGUCUAUUUACCGUGCUUAUGCCAAAGCAUGUGGUAUCAAGAACGUUAUUAUUUUGCUGGCUGGCAUUAUUGUGUCUAUGAUCUUGUCCACUGCCGGAAACGUUUGGUUGAAGCACUGGUCCGAUAUCAACACCGAGAAGGGAUACAACCCAACGCCAUGGAAGUAUCUUGGAAUCUACUUUGCUCUGUGUAUCGGGUGCUCUGUUGUCCUAUUGGCACAAACCAUCAUCCAAUGGCUUUACGUUUCGAUCCAGGGAUCCAAAUACUUGCACCAGAUCAUGUUGGAUGGAGUUCUAAGAGCCCCAAUGCAAUUCUUUGAGACCACGCCUGUGGGAAGAGUGCUCAACAGAUUCUCGCCAGAUAUCUACAAAAUUGACGAGCAGCUCACCAGAGUGUUUGUGAUGUUCUUUGCCAACUCCAUCAAGGUGUCGAUUGUGAUUUUGGUGAUUAUCUAUUCGACAUGGCAGUUUGUAUUUUUGGUUGUUCCAUUGGCCGUGUUGUACAGAUUCUACCAGCUCUACUACCUGGCCACAUCCAGAGAGCUCAGAAGACUGGACUCUGUGUCCAAGUCUCCUAUUUUUGCCCAUUUCCAGGAGACAUUGAGCGGAGUGGCCACUGUGAGAGCGUACGACCAGCUGGACCGAUUCUUGUUCUUGAACCAGCACAAAAUGGACCAGAACAUGAGUGCGUACCAUCCGUCGGUGAGUGCGAACAGAUGGCUUGCUGUGAGACUGGAGUUCUUGGGAUCGCUCAUCAUUUUGGGAGCCUCUGGACUGCUGGUGUUCACAUUGAAGUCUGGCCACAUCACGCCUGGCCUUGUUGGUCUUUCUGUUUCCUAUGCUUUGCAAGUGACCCAGUCGUUGAACUGGAUUGUUAGAAUGACUGUUGAGAUUGAAACCAACAUUGUUUCCGUGGAGAGAGUUUUGGAGUACGCUUCGUUGGAGCCUGAAGCUCCACCGAUUAUCGAGAACAGCAGGCCGGCCCAGAACUGGCCGUUCCGGGGUACCAUCGAGUUCAAGGAAUACAGUGCCAGAUACAGACCCGAACUGGACCUUGUGUUGAAGAAUAUCAACAUCUCUGUGAACGAGAAGGAGAAGAUCGGAAUUGUGGGCAGAACCGGUGCCGGUAAGUCGUCGUUGACGUUGGCGAUUUUCCGGAUCAUUGAGGCCGCCAACGGCCACAUCGACAUCGACGAGGUGAACACGAGCAACAUUGGAUUGUACGAUUUGCGGUCGAAACUGUCGAUUAUUCCGCAGGACUCGCAGAUCUUUGAAGGCUCGUUGCGGUCCAACAUCGACCCGACAGAGAUGUACACGGACGAGGAGCUGUGGGAGGCCCUUGAGCUGGCCCAUUUGAAGGAACACAUUCUCAAGAUGUACGACGAUGCCGGCGACAAGGAGGAGAUCAAGGAGAACCCGUUGUUGAUCAGAAUAUCUGAAGGAGGAUCGAACCUGUCUGCCGGACAACGGCAGCUGAUGUGUCUGGCAAGAGCCCUGGUGAAGAAGAACAGUCGGGUGUUGAUUCUGGACGAGGCCACGGCCAAUGUCGACUACCAAACCGACGCAAUUGUCCAGGAAACCAUCCGGUCGGCGUUCAAAGAGCGUACUAUCCUCACCAUCGCUCACAGACUCAACACCAUCAUCGACAGCGACCGGAUCAUCGUUCUGGAGAAGGGAGAAGUGGCCGAGUUCGACACGCCUGCCAACCUGCUCAAGAAAAAGGACAGUCUGUUCUACUCGUUGUGCAAAGAGGGGGGUCUUGUGGAAUGA